AUGCCAGUAACAGCAGCAACAACAACAGCAGCAACAGCAGCAGAAGCAGCAGAAGAGCUGCUAGAGGAAUGGGAAGAUGCUGCUAGGGCGGGCAACGUUGCCGACUACCUGACGGUCUUAGGAAAGAUAAAGAAUUUGCGGCAGCAGCUGCAGCAGCAACAGCAGCAGCAGCAGCAGCAACAGCAGCAGCUGCUGCUGCCCGAUGACGUAAACUAUAAAGAUGAGAUGGGCAACACAGCGCUGCACUACGCAGCAGCAAAUGGUCAUGUGCAAUUUGUAAAGCUGCUGCUGCACCAGGGGGCUCGUCUGGAGCGUAACAACAGCGGGAAUACCGCACUGCAUUGGUUGGUGUUAAACAAACACCUCCCUGUGCUGCAGCUGCUGCUGCAAGAAGAAGCAAGACAGCGCAGCUUGUGCCCUGUACACAAAGGGAGCAGCAGCAGCAGCAAACCUUCCGAAGCAGCAGCAGCAAAAACAGCAGCAGCAGCAGAUACAGACGCAGCAUCAACCGCACCAACAGUAAACGGAAGUGCAGCAGCAGCUGCGUCGUCAGCAGACGACAUGGACGUAGAUUCAGCAGAAACACCAGCAGCAACAGGAGCAACAGCAGCAGCAGCAACAGGAGCAGCAGCAGGUGACAGCAGCGCAUGCACCUGCGUGCUGCGGAUUGACGUGCUGCAGCAAAACGAAUUUGGUCGUUCUGCCCUAUCCGAAGGAUUUAGUGCAGAAAAUGGCGAUGUGCUGCAGCUGCUGCUGGAGCACCACUCAGCAGAAGCACUGGAGAAGCAGCCGCUGCAGUCGUCACAAGAGCCAGCAGCAGCAGCAGCAACAGGAAAACCAGCAGCAGCAACAACAAAAACAGCAGCAGCAUCUGGAGGCAAGGGCUCCCAUGCCGGAGUGCGCUCUAAGCAGCAGCAGAAACAGCCCCAGAAACAGCACCAGAAGCAACAGCAGCAGCAGCAGCAGCAGCAGCAGCAAGCCUCCUCCUCAUCUAUAAGAAGCAGCACAACUCAUUUGCUGCAGUUAGGGCAGCAGCAAAUAAAAUGCCGAGAAAUUGCAUUGAAUUGGGAAGGAGAGGUCUUCUCUACUCAUCAACAAGCAAGCACAGACGACACCACAGGUGUUGCUUUAUGGGGAUCUGCUAUUAUUGGUGCUCGUUGGUUAAUUGACGUCGCAAAUAAAGCUCCUGAGGUAUUCAAAGGAAAGACAGUUCUUGAACUCGGUGCAGGUUGUGGCCUCCUUGGCCUUUGCUGCUCGUUGCUUCCUUCUCCUCCUCUUUCUGUUGUUUUUUCUGAUGUUUUCCCUCAAACUUUAGAUAAUUUAAAAUAUAAUUGCAGCAUUAAUGACCUCCAGCUGCAGGAGCAGCAGCAACAGCAACAGCAACAGCAGCAGCAAGUGGGCGUUGAAGUGGUGCGCCUCGACUGCUGCGAUUCGUCAACGUUCCCUACUGAUUCACAGGGGGAGUUGCGUCGGUUUGACGUAAUAGUAGCUAGUGAUUUAGUAUACGAAGCAUCUGCAGUAAAGGAUUGGGUGUCAACAAUUUGUUGUCUGCUAAGACCGAAGACAGGACGUCUAUUCUAUACACAUAAACUUGCUAGAGAUGGAGCUAUCUGCUUUGCAGAUGCUCUGAGGAGGGCGGGCCUUAAGGUCGAGGAGUUGGGGGCCCCUGAUGAGUAUCUUACCAACUGUCUAGUAGACAAGACCAACCAAGAGUUUUAUUCCCUCUUCAAUGAGCUCGAAGGCGACAACGAUUUCGUCCUCGUUAGAGCAGCCUGGCGAUGA